AUGCUUGGACACCAGAACGCACAAAUCCGUCCUUCCAAAUCGCAUCGCGCUGUCUCUCGGCUCUCCUUAGGCCAUAAGCAAAAAGCAUUUGAAAGGGUCCUCUUUAAAAACCAGAAAUCAUCACGCCAAAAUGAACGCGAAAUCUCUGCUUCCUCUUCUUCUUCUUCUUUUCUUUUCCUGAUCGCUUCUACUGCGAUGGCCGAAUCCACCCCCAAAUCCGUUGAUUCCGCUGAUUCUUCUACUCCUGCUGUCCACAUCGUCUACACUGAGAAACCCGAGGAUGAGGAGCCUGAGGCCUACCACAUCAGAACCCUCGCCGCUGUCCUUGGCAGUGAGGAGGCUGCUAAGGAGGCGUUGUUGUACAGUUACAAAAGCGCUGCUAGUGGAUUCUCGGCUAAGCUAUCUCCGGAGCAGGUUUCUCAAAUUUCAAGGCAACCAGGUGUUCUUCAAGUUGUUCCAAGCAGGACUCUUCAGCUCCAUUCAGGUCCUAAGAACCUGCAUUAAAGGAUGAGGAGAUUCUAGGUGAAUCUUUCAAGUAGUUUCCUCUACCAUGUAUAACCUACUAUGAUCCAUCCUAUGUUUAUGUAAAGGUCAAGAAAUUAUCUUGUACAAUCUUAUGAUGAUGUAUACAGGUGCUUCAAACCUGCAAUAAUACCUUUUUCUGGGCUGAUGAUUAAUGGAAUGAUUACAUCAUUAGAUGGUUUGAAAUGUAGAA